GUCAUUCCAUAUUUUCUCCUGACAACAUCUCCUAACAUUUCCACAAUGAGGAAAAGGAAGACAGUGGAUUCACCUCAUACAUCCUCAGAUCUGGGUGAAGGGAAGGAGAAAUUAAGACUGAAGCAAGAGGUGGGCCUGAUUAGUGGAGUGUCAUUAAUUGCAGGCACCAUGAUAGGCUCAGGGAUCUUUAUGUCCCCUGAGUGGGUGCUACAUCAUAUGGGGAGCCCCGCCAGCAGCCUGCUUAUCUGGGCAGCCUGUGGUGUCCUGGCCACGCUUGGAGCCUUGUCAUACGCUGAGCUUGGAACCAUAAUUAAGGAGUCUGGAGGAGAAUAUAUUUACAUCUUGAGGAUUUUUGGUUCUUUUCCUGCGUUCCUUUUCGCCUACACCUCAGUUAUCCUGGUGAGACCGGCUAGUUUGGCAGCUGUCUGUCUGAGCUUUGCUGAAUACGCCGUUGCGCCCUUCUACCCAGGAUGCUCAUCCCCACAGGUUGUCGUCAAAUGUGCAGCGGCGGCCUGCAUCCUGCUUUUAACGAUCAUCAACUGUCUCAACGUGAGGCUGGCAACGUCAAUCAUGAACAUUUUCACAGCUGCCAAACUCUUGGCUUUGCUGGUGAUCGUGGUGGGUGGAUUGGUGCUGCUUGCCAAGGGACAAACUCAGAGUUUUCAAAAUGCCUUCCAAAACACCACUGCAGGUAUCGGGGCAGUUGGAGUGGCGUUUUACCAGGGACUCUGGUCCUAUGAUGGCUGGAACAACCUGAACUAUGUAACCGAGGAACUGAAGAAGCCUGAGGUGACCCUUCCCAGAGCGGUGAUGAUUGCCAUUCCCUUGGUUACCUGCCUGUAUUUGCUGGUAAACGUGAGCUACUUGGCAGCCAUGACUCCAGCUGAACUGCUGUCUUCAGGAGCUGUGGCCGUCACUUGGGGGGACAAAGUCCUGGGCAGCUGGGCAUGGCUCAUGUCCUUGGCGGUGGCGCUGUCUACGUUUGGUUCAUCAAACGGCACCUUCUUUAGCGGAGGCCGCGUGUGCUACAUUGCUGCAAGGGAAGGCCAUAUGCCAGACAUUCUGUCCAUGGCUCACGUGCGAUGCCUCACGCCCUCCCCUGCUCUGCUGUUCACAUCUGCUAUGUCUUUAAUAAUGAUAAUACCAGGAACCUUCACCAGUAUCGUGAACUUUUUCAGCUUUAUAGCAUGGCUUUGCUAUGGCAUGACCAUUUCUGGUCUCCUGUAUUUAAAAAUCAAGAAACCCGAAUUGCCAAGAUCUUACAAGGUCCCAAUUGUCAUCCCUAUAAUCGUGCUGGUGGCGGCUGUGUACCUGGUGGUAGCUCCCAUCAUCGAUCAGCCCCAAAUUGAGAUCCUCUACAUCGUCCUGUUCAUUUUCAGUGGCAUCAUUCUUUAUUUCCCACUGGUUCACUUCAAGUACCACCCUCGCUUUUUGCAGAGAGUCACUUUACAUCUCCAGUUGUUCCUGGAAGUUGCUCCGACCACCAAGGAUGCAAACUGAGACAACGUCCUCUUGGUGUAUGGCUGCCUCCCCCUCAUGGUUUAUCCCAGUACCAUGGUUUUCAAGGCCCAGAAAGUAUUUUGCUGUAAAGGAGAAUGAGUAGAAUGAAAGUGUCACUAAAAUGUGUUGCUGAGAGGGACUAGAGCCAUGACUCCUCACAUUUACUUAAAACUUUGGGGACAUGUUUUUCCCAUUUUCAUCUCUGACUUGGCAGAUUACAUGCAGAUUCAAAAGGAAUGGCUGCUUUUGCAUUUUCCAUCCCAAGAAGAGCUGUUGAUCAAAAUUUUAGCUCUUAUAUUUCAAGGCAGCAGGGAACAAAAGGCUGCCAAUGAAAUAUUAUUCCUAUGUCAGGCUGUGACUCUAAGCCAUUCCUAGCAAUGCUUUUAAUUAUUUCCACCUAGUUCUGCCCACUGUGACCGCAGAGCUUCUCAAAUAAAUAAAAGCAUGGCCAUACCAUGUUCACAACAAAAAAAAACAACCCUUUUCCACUCAGGAAUUUGCUCUAGGAGCCUGCUUUUCCCUUGCUCCUUCCAGCCCCAGGUGCACAGUCACAACAGUCCUUUCUCUGUCUCAGUACAUGGUUCCAACACAUUUCAGCCCCAAUAGAAAAACCUCCGACAUGAGAUGAGAAGUACUUUAAAGCUCUGCCAGUUUAUUCAGUUGAGAAUGCACUUGUCAUAUGGGAUCCACCCAUUCAUGGUGAGGACACAGGCAACAUCACUUAAGUACCAACAGUCACCCAAUACCCCUCCCAUAAUUCCCUCCAAGAUAAAUAAUUCAUCCUGUGACAAAGUGAGCAAAAAAACCCCAUAAUCUACAGCGUAUGUGCCUGUGAGAUACUCUCCUUGUAAAUUAAAGAAACCACAUACUGGGCUACAUUAGGAGAAGUGUGGCCAGCAGAUCAAGGACUGAGUAGAUUGAGUCCCUUUGGACUCCACACCGGUGAGGGCACGCCUGAAAUACUGUGUCCGGUAUUGGGCCCUGCUGUUCAAGAGGGGGCUGUGAAGACAACAGAACCACCUUCUUCUUGGUAGUGGCAACAAAAGGCAGCAGUCACAAGCUGUGGCUUGAGAUGUGCAGGCUGGAAUUCUGGAAAGUUUCUUCACUGUGAGGGCUGUGCAGCCUUGGAGCAGCGUGCAGGAAGGUGCUGAGAUCUCAGUUCUUGUACGCUUUCCACCACAGCCAUUUCCACCGAUUUCCAUGACUCUAAAGGCACAGCACAAAAAAGUAACGGGCUGUGCUUUCAUCCACAGCUAACACACUGUAGUCACUGUUGUUUCCCGUUACCCUAAGAUUCAACCUUUUUUCUUUUGUUCUAGAGUAGAGACAUUAUAUGCUGCUUUCUUUCCAUUUGUCCAGAUUGUUCCUGGAUGGGACGUCCCCUGUCAUAGGCUGGAAAGGUCUAGAUGUUAGUCCCUAAAGUGUCUUGUUGUGUCUCAAAGUAGUAAAUAUUACCCAGGUUAACUUUCUGUCAGCAUUUUUUCUGCAGAUCUGUACCUAACACUGCUUUCCUGGAAUAGUGUCACUUGAUCCUCCGGGCCAAUCUCAGAACAAUCUUCCCGCCGAUCUCAGAACUGAUUACAAUCCCAUUCUGCAAUGCCGCCCCUUCUGUUCCUCUGAGUGGUGAUACCAGCCACUACAAGAUACAACAACAGUCUUCUUUUCCAAGUGUUAGGUAUGGCAAUGGGAUCAGCUAGUUGUUGCUCAUCUUCUAAAUCCUUAGCUUAAACAGUGUCUAGGAGGGUUUAUUUCCACUGCUUUUUACUGGAGUUGUCAACAAAGGCCAAUGAAGGAACAGUUUGCCCUCCUGAAUCCCAUGACAAUGGAAAAUUCUUGGGAUGCCACCUUGUCUUCCCUCCCUGUAAACUGGUGGAGAGUGUGUACUUAAAGGACUGAUGAGCUCAGGAGCUCUGGGUUAACUUCUCACCACUGCUCUAGGCUCUUCAUCCGAUGUCAGGCAAGCUUCUUAAAGGAGCUACAUCUCAGCUACUUAUCUAAAAAUAAGGAUAAUAUUUCUCUGAUAAUACUUUUUGAAAACAAUAUCUGUUUUCUACACAUGUUUAUGGAGCCUACCACAUAGGACUCCACUCUUUUGAAGAUCUACAGUCCAUAUCCAAAAAGUGGGAAUGUAAAAGCAAUUUAAAGGUUAGACUUGCACAAUAUUUGUGGCUUUAGUCACCGAUUCUUGUGUACCUAAAUACAAUCAGGGUUGAUAUUGUCUGCACAUAAUUCUUGUGGAACAGGAGUUAUUGUCACUGUUUUGUAUUGUGGGUCUAGUGUAUUAUAGAUAAUGAGAUGAUUAAAGGAAUAAGUGGCUUGUUUAAAGUCACACAGGAAAUGUGUGGAAAAUGUUACUCUUUCUCCCAAGGUCCAGUCAAGCAUCCUAUCAUGUAGCGCAUCCUUUCUCUCUGUGCACCUGUGACAUACGAACAAUAAUAAUGAACACAAAAAGUCUUAACACUUUGGAUAAGUAGCCUUUAUAUAUUAUUGGUUUGUGUACAGAAAUAGGGGAGCUGAAAGUCUGCAAGUAUUAUAUUUUGCACCAAUCUAAUUUUCUAUAGAUAUUGUUGUAACAAGAUGUUCUUUUUAUUUAUGUUGCAUAGGGUUUGCAUGCACAGGUAUUUAUAAUGCCAAAAUAACACACUGAAAGCUCAGAGAACGGCAAGAUAAUUAUAAUAAAAUGGACAUUAAAAUGA